AAGGCAAUUAGAAAUAUUUUGGCUUUUAAUUGACAGCACAGACUUAAGAUUCGGCGCUGGCCGUGUCUCAUGCAUCACUUGGUCUCCCACUCCUCUCCUCUCCUCCCCUCACCUCACAUCCUAGAAUUCAGUGAUGGCUGCUACUUCGCUAGCUUGCGCACUUCUUCCUUGUCAAGGUGGGUCAAAUCGGAGGAGCUUGCUGUGGAGGAAGAAAGAGAGAAAAUGUCUGAGGAAAGCUGGUCCUGUUAUGAUAACUGCCAAACUUGAACUGAAGCCUCCUCCAUACCCUCUGAAUGCUUUAGAACCACAUAUGAGCCGUGAUACACUGGAGUACCACUGGGGGAAGCACCAUAGAACUUAUGUAGAGAACUUAAACAGGCAAAUAGUGGGAACAGAAUUGGAUGGAAUGACAUUAGAAGGCAUAAUCAUUGCUACAUACAACAAGGGCGACCUCCUUCCUGCUUUCAAUAAUGCUGCACAAGCAUGGAAUCAUGAUUUCUUCUGGGAGUCUAUGAAACCAGGUGGUGGUGGAAAGCCAUCCGGAGAACUCCUAGAAUUGAUUAAUAGAGAUUUUGGUUCUUUUGAAGGAUUUGUUACAGAGUUCAAGGCAGCUGCAGCCACACAGUUUGGUUCUGGUUGGGCAUGGCUUACAUACAAAGCCAACAGACUUGAUGUGGGAAAUGCAGUAAAUCCUCUUCCGUCGGAUGAGGACAAGAAGUUAGUGGUGGUGAAGAGUCCCAAUGCCGUGAACCCCCUUGUCUGGGAUUAUACACCACUACUUACUAUUGAUGUUUGGGAGCAUGCUUACUACCUUGACUUUCAGAAUCGACGGCCUGAUUAUAUAUCAACCUUUAUGGAAAAGCUUGUAUCUUGGGAGGCAGUCAAUUCUAGACUAGAAAAGGCAAAGGCUCGGGCUGCUGAGAGAGAAAGAGAAGAAGAGAAGAGGAAAAGAGAGCAAGAAGAGGGGAAUGCAGCAGGUAAUGAAGUUACAGAGAUGUACUUGGAUAGUGAAAUAGAUGAUUCGGAGGCUGAAUGACUUCUGGUUUUGUUUGUCUGCAAAGGCAUUAGCGUAUGAAAGUCAGUUAGCUAUCUUCAUUUUUUGAUUAAAGAUUGAGAAAUAGAGUUCACUUGGAGUUGCGCAAACAAUAUUUCUAUGCUUCGGGAAUAGGGUUUUGUACUAAUUGUUUUUUCUGUUGUUAAUAGCUGCAAUUUAAUGGACAUCUUACAUUGAGUCA